UCAUAGUAAUUGAAUUGAAUAGUAUCAAUAAAGGUAGGACGACUGAUAGAUAGAUAGAUAGAUAGAUAUGGAUAUAUUCAGAAUCUUAUCAAGAGGUGCUUCUCUAAAGAAAAGAAGUGAUGUCACCACUGAUUACUCCUUACCUUCCCAUAAACAACAAUCAGUUGAAAAGCAUAAAGAACAAUCUUUAAAACAUCAAGUUGAAAAGGAAACUGAUUUCUUUCAUACCAAAAAGCAUACCACCACAACUACUACAACUACUCCUACAGACGAACCGACUAAUGAACAAGUAGAGGAAGAAGAGGAUGAUGAAAUACCUCCACCUAAAAUAACCACUGAAGAAGAUGCUCGAAUAUUAAGAAAACAAAAUCAAGCCAAAGUAACUGGUGAUGAUAUCCCAUUACCAAUUGGAUCCUUUGAAGAUUUAGUAUCCCGUUUUCAACUUGAUAAGAAACUAUUAAGCAAUUUAAUCGAAGCUGAAUUCGUCGAACCAACCGCUAUUCAAUGUGAAGCUAUUCCUAUAUCAUUGCAAAAUCGUGAUUUAAUCGCUUGUGCUCCAACUGGGUCAGGUAAAUCAUUAGCAUUUUUAAUCCCCUUAGUUCAAAGUAUAUUACAAACUCAUAAUGCCAAAUCUAAAAAUCAUGGAAUUAGAGGUUUAAUCAUAUCUCCUACUAAUGAAUUAGCCAUUCAAAUCUUUCAAGAAUUAGAAACUUUAGUUAAAGGUAAGAAAUUAAACAUUGCUAUAUUAUCCAAAUCUUUAGCUAAUAAACUUAAUCAUAAGAUUAUUAAUGGUUCGAAAUAUGAUAUCAUAGUGACAACCCCAUUAAGAUUGAUAGAUAUUGUUAAAAAGGGAAAUCUUGAUUUAUCUAAAGUUGAACAAUUAAUCAUUGAUGAAGCAGAUAAAUUAUUUGAUCAAGGUUUUGUUGAACAAACUGAUGAUAUAUUAUCAAAUUGUACUAAUCCAACUUUAACCAAAUCAAUGUUUUCCGCCACUAUCCCAUCUGGAGUGGAAGAAAUGGCUCAAUUUAUAAUGAAAGAUCCUAUAAGAGUUAUUAUUGGUCAUAAAGAAGCUGCUUCAAGUACCAUUGAACAAAAGUUGAUCUUUACUGGUGAUGAACAAGGGAAACUAUUAGCUAUUAGAGAAAUGAUAUCUAAAGGAGAAUUUAAACCCCCAAUCAUCAUCUUCUUACAAUCUAUUACAAGAGCUAAAGCUUUAUUUCAUGAAUUAUUAUAUGAUAAAUUAAAUGUCGAUGUCAUUCAUGCCGAAAGAACUCCAAAACAAAGAGAAGAAGUUAUCAAACGAUUUAAAAAUGGGGAUAUUUGGGUAUUAAUCACUACUGAUGUGAUUGCUAGAGGGGUUGAUUUCAAAGGAAUCAAUUUAGUUAUAAAUUAUGAUGUACCUCAAAGUGCUCAAUCUUAUGUUCAUAGAAUUGGGAGAACUGGUAGAGGAGGUAAAAAGGGUAAAGCAGUUACAUUUUUUACUAAAGCUGAUGAUUUAGCUAUUAAACCAAUUCUUAAUGUUAUGAAACAAUCAGGUAGUGAAUUAGAUCAAACUUGGAUGAAAGAUUUAACAAAGAUUUCUAAAAAUGAUAAGAAAAAAAUAAAACAACAUGAAAUUAAACGUAAACAAAUUAGUACGGUUCCAAAGAUUGUUAAACAAAAACGUAAACAAAAACAAGAAAUGAUUGAAGCAUCUAAAAAGAGAAAGACUCUUGCUGCUGAAGAAGAACAAGAAUCAACUGAUUAAUGAAAUAGCAUAGAUAUAUAGAUAUAUAUACAUAAAUAAUGUCUUUUUUUCUAAAUAAAAUGUAUAUUUAUAACAGAA